CCUCCCCUCCCCGGCGGCAGCGGCGGCGGCGGGGAAGGUUAGCCUCAGACACAGGCGGCUGCUCGGCGGCGGCGGCGGCCGCGGCGACGCAGUGCAGAGGUGCGGGCAGGUUGCGCCGGCCCCGCGCCCCGUCCCUCCCGCGCCCCGCCUGCCUCCGGAGCCCGCUCCCCGCCGGCGGCCUCCCCGCGCCGGUGUCGGGCCGGCCCCCCGGCCAUGAGCGCGGCGCUGGGUGUCCCCCCGCCGCGCCGCCUCCCCCGCCGCCCCCGGCGGCUGCCGGGCUCCAGGAAAGUAGCUUGAUGAGUGUCCAAAGUAGCAGUGGAAGUUUGGAGGGGCCGCCAUCUUGGUCCCGGCUCUCCACGUCCCCACCGAGCCUGCAGGGCUGCUCCGCGGCGGCGGCGGCGGCCUCCCAGCUCCACGGCGCGCCGCCCGGCAAGCCGCCCAAGGAAGGUUGUUGGCCAGACAGUUGAAAUCCAAAAACUGGCAGCACAGAGGAGCAAUGGAUGAGCUUCAUAGCCUGGACCCAAGAAGGCAAGAAUUGUUGGAGGCAAGAUUUACAGGAGUAGUAAGUGGCAGCACUGGGAGUACUGGAAGUUGCAGCGUUGGAGCUAAAGCCUCAACAAAUAACGAAAGUUCAAAUCACAGUUUUGGAAGCUUGGGAUCUUUAAGUGAUAAAGAAUCAGAGACUCCAGAGAAGAAACAGUCGGAACCUUCCAGAGGAAGAAAAAGAAAAGCAGACACUCAGAGUGAAAGCAGCCAAGGAAAGAAUAUUGGGGGACGUGGUCACAAGAUUAGUGACUAUUUUGAGUACCAAGGUGGAAACGGCUCUAGUCCAGUGCGAGGCAUACCUCCUGCAAUCCGAUCUCCUCAGAAUUCACAUUCCGCUCCUUCUUCUGUUCGACAGAAUAGUCCUUCUCCUACUUCAUUAGCUUUCGGGGACCACCCUAUCACGCAACCAAAGCAGUUAUCUUUUAAAAUUACUCAGACUGAUCUCACAAUGCUGAAAUUAGCUGCACUAGAAAGUAAUAAAAAUCAAGACUUGGAAAAGAAAGAAGGUCGUAUAGAUGACUUACUCAGGGCUAACUGUGAUCUUAGAAGACAAAUAGAUGAACAACAAAAGCUACUUGAAAAAUAUAAAGAAAGGUUAAACAAAUGUAUUUCAAUGAGCAAGAAGCUUCUAAUUGAAAAGAGCACACAGGAGAAGCUGGCAAGCAGAGAGAAGAGCAUGCAAGACAGAUUACGCCUGGGGCAUUUUACAACAGUUCGUCAUGGUGCUUCAUUUACUGAACAGUGGACAGAUGGCUUUGCAUUUCAAAAUCUUGUGAAGCAGCAAGAAUGGGUGAAUCAACAAAGGGAAGACAUUGAAAGGCAAAGAAAGCUCCUGGCCAAGCGAAAGCCUCCAACUACAAAUAAUUCUCAGGCACCAUCUGCCAAUUCUGAACCCAAGCAGAGGAAAAAUAAAGCUGUGAAUGGGGCAGAAAACGAUCCCUUUGUUAGACCCAAUUUACCACAGCUUUUGACUCUAGCAGAGUAUCAUGAACAGGAAGAAAUUUUCAAACUUCGAUUAGGACAUCUCAAAAAGGAGGAAGCUGAAAUACAAGCAGAACUUGAACGUUUGGAAAGAGUUAGGAAUCUUCACAUAAGAGAACUGAAAAGAAUAAAUAAUGAAGAUAAUUCACAAUUUAAAGAUCACCCCACGUUGAAUGAACGAUAUUUGUUACUCCAUUUACUUGGACGAGGUGGCUUCAGUGAAGUAUACAAGGCUUUUGAUCUUUAUGAACAACGAUACGCUGCUGUGAAGAUUCACCAGCUCAACAAAAGCUGGAGGGAUGAAAAGAAAGAAAACUACCACAAACAUGCCUGUAGAGAGUAUAGAAUACACAAAGAACUGGAUCACCCCCGGAUAGUUAAACUGUAUGACUACUUCUCCCUGGAUACAGAUACGUUUUGCACGGUGUUAGAAUACUGUGAAGGCAAUGACUUGGAUUUCUAUCUCAAGCAACAUAAAUUGAUGUCAGAGAAGGAAGCUAGGUCCAUUGUAAUGCAAAUAGUAAAUGCACUACGGUAUCUCAAUGAGAUCAAGCCCCCUAUUAUACACUAUGAUCUUAAACCAGGUAAUAUCCUCCUUGUAGAUGGAACAGCAUGUGGAGAAAUAAAAAUUACUGAUUUUGGCCUGUCCAAAAUAAUGGAUGAUGAUAGCUACGGUGUGGAUGGAAUGGAUUUAACUUCACAGGGAGCAGGAACUUACUGGUACUUGCCUCCAGAGUGUUUUGUAGUUGGCAAAGAGCCACCAAAGAUUUCUAAUAAAGUUGAUGUAUGGUCAGUUGGAGUAAUCUUUUUCCAAUGCCUUUAUGGUAGAAAGCCAUUUGGCCACAAUCAAUCACAGCAAGAUAUCUUACAAGAAAAUACAAUAUUAAAAGCCACAGAAGUUCAGUUCCCUGUCAAACCUGUUGUAAGCAAUGAAGCCAAGGCCUUUAUCAGACGCUGUUUAGCAUACCGAAAAGAGGAUAGAUUUGAUGUCCACCAGCUGGCUAAUGAUCCUUAUCUUCUCCCUCAUAUGAGGAGAUCAAAUUCUUCAGGAAACUUGCAUAUGACUGGGCUAGCAGCAUCCCCUACACCACCUACUUCGAGCAUUAUUUCAUACUGAAAUUUCUCCAACCGAGGAAUGGCAUGAUACCUUUGUGUAGUUUCCAGAAGCAGACUUGAGCUUAAAAGCAUUUGAGUGUUUUUACACAGGACAAGUUUGAUAACUGUGUUUUCAGACUGAAGUCCUCCUAUAUAGUGUCAUUUGUAUGAUUGGAAUGGAUCAUGGACUGUGAAUAAAUGUACCCUUCUGAGAAAUACCUUUAAACAUUGAAGGAUGACACUGCCUGUUACACACUAACAGGUAUACUGUGUUUAAGACUGAAGAAAAGGUUUUUAGUUUUUUCUGGGGAACAUUGUAAAUAAUCUUUUUAAUACUUAAAGUACAUUUGGUUGAUACUGGAAAGUUCUAACAUGAAGGGUAGUUUCUCAUUAUUUAAAUAAAAAAAGGGUAGUUAGCAAAUUUGAAAACACAGGAAAAAUACCGUGCCUGGUUAUAAACUAAUUAAACUGCCAUCUUUCCAAGACAUCUUUUGAAACCAAAGUAAGGAGUGUGAGAUGGUCAAGGAUACAUUCUGUAUCAGAUUCCUCAGAUAAAUUUAUAGUAUUUUAUUUGGCAACUCAGGCUUGUACCUCCAAAAAUGUGGUGGUGUUUCACUGAAUUUAGAUUGGAAGGGUGAUAUGGAAUUCCUGGUACUUAUUUCUCAAAUAGAUUGCUAAUUUUUAAAUCCGCUCAAUUUUCUAAAAAUACUAUACUUUCUGUGGUAUUGAAACUUGUGAAACUUUCCAGGCUUCUGAUAAAAGCAAGCAACAGUCUGAAACUAAAUGCAAACAGGUCAUGUAUAAUGUUCUAUGCAGGAAUAAUGAUAAAUUCCCUUCUAGCUCUAUUGUAAAUUGUUGUACAGAUGUCACAUUUUCAGUUAAAUUUCAGCAACUUAUUCCUGUACAAAUGUUUAAAGUAUGGCUUUUUCUAAUUGGAUAUUGUAUUUUUUUUAAGUCUCCCUCAAGGCGCUUUUAAUUGCUGCUAGAUGACGUUGCUUUUACUUUUGCAAAAGAAUCAAAUGACCUCCUUAAGGUGCAAGUCAACUGUAUGUAUGAGAGAUUGAGUAGGUAAUUCAUUAACAAUCAAGGCAUGUAAACCAGAUCCAUGUUGGCAAUAUACAGUACAGUUCUUUAAGUCAGUUUAUUGCGUUCUCAACCUGCAGAGCGCAUUGAUACUAGAUGUAGAAGUUGCUCAUGGUUAUUCUUUAUCUCUGGAAGUUCCUAUCAACAAGGAAAUGUUUCUUGUGGCUUGUACAGAUAUUUUAAAAUGUGAAACAUUUUCUAACUGCCUUGUAUGGUAGAAACUUAUUUUUCAGAACAGUGUAUCUCUCUCCCAUUCACUAUUCUUUUUACUAUCCCAUUCUUGAUGCUGAAUACCUAUAUGUAAUUUUGUCCAUGUUGCAGAAAAAGGAGGCUGUAUUACCACAGGUUUUCAUUUAGUAUUGUACAGUUAAACUGUUGCUCUUGUUUCUGAUGUUGCAAGCCAUUUUGUUUUCAUUGUAUAUAAAGAAACAUUAACUGUCUCUUUAAGAUGCUGCUGAAAUUGUAGAGAAUGUAGCCAAAACAGUAAUAAACAAUGACAGUUGAAAUUUCAA